AUGCCUCCCAAGGCAAUACAUCGGAGGAACCAAACGGCGCUCCAAGGCAAAUCAUUGAAGUCUCUCUUGCUGCAGACAAUCGCAUAUCAUGGCUCCAAGUUUCAGGAUCUUUUAUCUUAUUCUUCAACUCAUGAGAAGUCUGCUAUCAGACCAAUCACCGUCAUCUAUUUCUUGGAUUGGGUCUUCCUUAUCAUGUUUACUGGAGCUGUAACGGGCCCACUAUUCGAUGCCGGCUACUUUCGAGCGCUCAUUACUGUGGGAACCUUCAUGGUACCAUUAGGGUUAUUCAUGACGAGUAUUUCGUCGAAAUUCUGGCAUUUCAUUCUAGCACAAGGCUUUUGUGUUGGGCUGGGAGCUGGUACCUUAUUCGUUCCAGCUAUCGCAAUCCUUCCUCAAUAUUUCAUCGAAAAGAGAGGAUUGGCUAUAGGAAUUGUAUCUGCCGGAAGCAGUGUUGGUGCAGUCCUCUACCCAAUUAUUUUCGAGCGACUCCAAGAGAAUAUUGGGUUCCGUUGGUCGGCUCGUUCAUUGGGAUUUAUCGCUUUUGGAACAUGUUGUAUUUCCCAAAGUAUCAUGCGUGUGCGAUUUACUCCAAGUGAUAGAAGGAGACUGGUCCAGUUUUCUGCCUUCAAGGAACCGAAAUAUCUUGUAUUUUGCUUUGCCUUAUUCAUGGGCUAUCUAUCAUUUUACAACUUUUUUUUCUACGUUCAGUCAUAUGCCACUGAUACAGGAAUUGUCGGGCACGAGCUAGGGCUAUACCUUCUUUCCAUGCUGAAUGCGGGAUCAGCAUUUGGUCGAGUCAUCCCCAACCUUAUUGCCGAUCAUAUUGGGCCAUUGAAUGUGAUCGCCCCGGUGUCCACUAUUACAACUCUCAUGGCCUUUGCUUGGAUCGGAACUCAUAACGCACCUGGGAUAAUCGUCUUGGGUAUAUUAUAUGGGUGUGCAUCAGGUGGCUUUAUGGCUCUUCCGCCAUUGGUUCUGUCUGCUUUGGCAGAGGAUGAUCGACAUGUGGGAACAAGGUUGGGUAUGUCAUUCGCAGUUGCUUCGAUCGGUGCAUUGAUUGGCACACCGAUUGGUGGUGCAAUUAUCAAUGACACUAAAACUUAUCUUGGAGUCCAACUAUUUACAGCUUGUUGCCUCAUCACCGCAUCCGUCGCGUUUAUCGCUUUGAGGUUUGCACAAACGGGGCCGCGAAUUCUUACACGAGUAUAA